UGGCGAAGGCACAGUGCCGCGAUUUCGACCGACGCGUUCGACGUGCGCACAGAGCUCGCUCCGGCUGGGUCAAACGUCUAUUUCGCUUAGCCGCCGCUUCACAGCGCUCCAUCUUGAGUUGAGUGUAGAUUUUAGCCUGACCGCGUCGAAAGGCAGUCCGAGUUCACGGGUUCCGAGUCGAGUAGAUAAUUCUGUGCCACCGGUGAUCCGUAACUACCCGAUGUUUAUAGUGUAAAGUUCUGUGUUUUGAACCCAUCCAAAUUCAGAAAUGUCUUCUACGAACCAAAAGCUCGUUACAACGCAACGGAUGAUACAAGCUGUUCCAUUUCCCCCAGGCCACAAAUUAACGGUGGCCGAGGUAUUUGACCAGAGGACGGCGAAACCUCGGCCUGAUGUACUCAAGCAACAUUUUAUACUGGAGGGGCGUAUCGAUGAAGCCGCAGCCCUUCGGAUAGUAAACGAAGGGGCGCAGUUACUCAGGUCAGAGAAAACUAUGAUCGACAUUGAGGCCCCCGUCACAGUGUGUGGAGAUAUCCACGGUCAAUUUUACGACCUAAUGAAAUUAUUCGAGGUCGGAGGACCACCUGCAAGUACAAAAUACCUUUUUCUUGGUGAUUAUGUCGAUAGAGGAUAUUUUAGUAUAGAGUGUGUACUGUACCUGUGGGCUUUGAAGCUCUGUUAUCCUACAACUCUUUUUCUCCUUCGAGGUAACCACGAAUGUCGCCAUCUCACAGAAUACUUCACAUUUAAACAAGAAUGUAAAAUAAAAUACUCGGAACGAGUGUAUGAUGCGUGUAUGGAAGCUUUCGACUGUCUACCAUUGGCGGCGCUCAUGAAUCAACAGUUUCUUUGCGUCCACGGUGGUCUUUCACCAGAAAUUCACAAUUUAGAUGAUAUACGAAGGUUAGACAGAUUCAAGGAACCACCGGCCUUUGGUCCCAUGUGCGAUUUGCUCUGGUCAGACCCUCUAGAGGAUUUUGGAAAUGAAAAUAACGCCGAACAUUUCUCCCACAAUUCAGUGAGAGGAUGCUCGUACUUUUAUAGUUAUGCCGCCUGUUGUGACUUCCUACAAAAUAAUAACCUUCUAUCGAUUAUAAGGGCACACGAAGCACAGGAUGCUGGGUAUCGAAUGUAUAGGAAGAGCCAAACGACAGGAUUUCCAUCACUAAUCACGAUAUUUUCAGCCCCAAACUACCUUGACGUAUAUAAUAAUAAGGCUGCUGUACUGAAAUAUGAAAAUAAUGUUAUGAAUAUAAGACAAUUCAACUGUUCCCCACAUCCUUACUGGUUACCGAAUUUCAUGGAUGUGUUCACGUGGUCACUGCCCUUCGUCGGUGAAAAAGUUACAGAGAUGCUAGUGAAUGUGCUCAACAUCUGUACUGAUGAAGAACUCGUCUCUGAUACUGACGAGGCGCAAGAAGAUGCGAUACAGCCAAAACUAGUUAUUAAACAACCUGGAACCGCAGCUAAUUUGAGGAAAGAAGUUAUACGUAACAAGAUCAGAGCAAUUGGAAAAAUGGCUAGAGUAUUCUCAGUGCUCAGAGAAGAGAGCGAAUCUGUCCUACAACUCAAAGGGCUGACACCUACUGGUGCUUUACCACUUGGGGCACUAUCAGGCGGAAAAACCAGUUUGAAGAACGCCUUGCAAGGAUUCUCUCCCAAUCAUAAGAUAACGAGUUUUGCCGAAGCUAAAGGUUUGGAUGCAAUCAACGAGCGCAUGCCUCCAAGGAAGGACGCAGUACCUUCGCCUGCAGAGGAAACUGCGCAUGAUCACAAUCACACCCAGUCCAACGCGCAUUCGUGAGCUAAACUCAAACGAUAUAUCAUAUAAGCCAUCCGAGGCAGGUACACUCAUCAAGAAACAUCCCUCAUCUUGAUGUGGCGAUCACUAUUUCCACGUGUAAAAUAUGAACCAGUCGAUACCGGCAGAGUUCAUGGGGCAUGGACGAUACGCUCAUCUACAAGUAGCUGGUCUGCUUCGUCCCGUCACUCUCUCAAUCUCUCUAUUACUCCAUUCACAAAGACCGCUCGCUGUUUCACACUGCUUCAGUCGUUGAAUAAGGCACCUAUAAUCUAGUCAACAUCCACCACAUUCCACUUUUCGAAGAAUAAGAAUCAUGAUUAUGUGGGUUUCCACCUUGUACCCCUCUAUCUUCAGAGCAAGUGUACCCGCAGCUAAAGUUUAUCGCAUUGAUCAAUUUUAUGUUACUGCUGUUGUAGGAGGCAGAAUUUCAGAUUGAAGCAGUGUGGAACUGCGAGCAAACUGGCUGGCCAGUCUUUGGUCGCAGCACGUGCUGGGUGAUAUAAAGACGUGCCAUAAUCUUAAUCUUUCUUUCAUUCAUGUAUACUUAGUUUACUGUGUGUGUUGUUUAGGGUUAAUAUUGCUACAGAAUAUGUCGAAUAUCUUUACACCGAAAAUUUUUCGGAUAAUAUCUGGAAUCUCUCUAUUUUUUAAAUCCCUUCGAUUUUAUAAACGUUAUAUUCGGCAGAGUUCGUUCUUUUGCAAUAUUUCAUAUUAUUUCAUUUCGCACGCUAUAUUUAUCAUUUCUAAUAAACUUUCCCCGAUUAAUGAAUAAACAAUUUCAACUAACAUUUCAUUUUCGAAUAAAUGCAACCGAUUUCAAAUACAUAUAACAUACUUGUAUUCACAGGAUCCUAUCGAAAUUAGAAAAAAUGUUCGCUCAUAAUUCCAAUAGAGUAUAAAAAUCAUAUCACAAAUAUGUCUGAUAGAUAAAACUCAACACAUCUGUCAGGUCCCUUUUGAAAGUAAACAUUCAUUCUGUAUUGAAAUUAAUCAGUGUCUGCUAUACUAUCAUUGUGUCACUAUAAUUUAUUUUGUGGGCCCAGUCGUCAGACUUUUCAUCACCCAGUUCUGAUGAAUGAUGAUCUCACAAGGUACUUCAUGAAUUUUUCAGCCUUAUAUAACACUUUUAUAUUUAUUUUUCAUGCUCAUUGUGAAGACAUUUUUCAACUUAGCCAGAUAGUAACCUUUACAAAAAUUAAAUAUUGCAAAUGAACGUAUUUAUGCUCACGUUACUCUUUGCUACGAGCUGUACUUAUUUUGAAUUGUACAAAUUGUGUUAAUACUGUAUGAUAAAAUAUUCUGAUCACUUUUCAGAAAAUGAUAUCAGAGGUGAGAAUAAUUCUGGAAAUUCUAGAUAUUUUGUAAGCCGAAACUUCAUAUAUUAAUGUGUCGAUGAACAAUUUAGUUGGAAAUGGAGAAAUGUAAGGUCUUUUACUUGGAAAAGAUAUCAAGUGUUAAUUCUGUUGGGACCCACUGUAUAUUUAUAAUUGAUAUGUGUGUAUAUAUGAACUGUUUCCUACUUGAACUUGUUCGAUGAUAUUUACCUGUUAUUAUUGAAGUAGAUUUUUUUCUAUAUCUUUUUCUGAAAAGCAGAAUGGAUGUGUGAACUUAUUUUGUAUGGACGUGUGGUGAAUUAUAGUUAAUAUAUAAAUAUAUAAAUACUUUCAACCUAUUACAACUCUGUAAAUUUACUCUAUAAUAUAUGAUAUACAUAUUAUAAUUAUGGAAUAGUUAAUUGAUAGAUAAAAUCUCAAACUAUCCAUUACUUAGAGAAUAUUGAAACGUUUCAAAUGGCGUCCCUCAAAUUUUAUACAGAUAUAAAUUUUUGCUUGAUGUUUGCAAUCUUUUCGCUUGAUUUAUCAAAUACUAACUUCGAAAUUAAAUUCGAAAUUUUUUGGGUGUUACACUGCUCCAGCUGGUAUACAGUUGCCACUUAUACACUAAGUCUAAAAACUGUGGCCGAUUCUCUUAUUCUGCCUUUUCAAUUCUUUGAUUAUAAGGGUAUUGUCCAAUCUCAAAAAAUCUUCAGAAGAGGUACAGAUCGAUGUUGAAGUUAAAGAAAUCGCUUUUUCCUGUGCCUUUGGACUGAAUGAAUGCUAACAGAAUAGUUCAUUUAUUCCUAUUCUAUGGUUUUCCCAACAAAGAAUCAUUAUACAAUUGAAUUAAAAUUUAUUGAAUCUUCGUCCUUCCUCCUAUUCUAAUCUAAUGAAUAUACCAUAUAGGAUAUUAAUAUAGGGUUCAUCUGCGAAAAAACAUAAAAAUGAAUAUCUUGCAAUAAAUAGCUUAUUUCGAAUAUUUGUUUGCAUUAUUUAACUGAUUAAUUUCUAAUACACUUCCACUGUUUAUGUUACAAACCACAUCACAAAUUGGUUCUAUUCAAUUAAUAUUUUUUUAACAAUUAAAUUUGUACAUGAUGAUGAACUUAUGUAUAUAAUUGUAUAUUUUUAGUUGAUUUAGUGGAAUUAAGUUAUUUUCUUUUUACUCCAGUUAUCAGUUAUGUAUAUACAGAGAUUUAUUUUGAAUCAUUAUACACUUUUAGGUUUGUAUUGAAUACCACAAUCAAAACUUCUCAUUAAAAAGUUAAACCCUUCAAUAUGAAUAAUGUUUCAUUUUCCACUGAAGCUCAUUUCCGUUGGGUCAGCCAUGUAAAUUCUCAUUCCUGGAAAUUUGAAUUUGUUAAUUUCAUGUAGGUCGCAAAAAAUUAUGUAAAUCAUUACCCACAUGAAAUAAUUUUUUUUUAAAGGCUUAGAAUAAUUUGACUGAAGCAUUAGAACACACAUGGUACUACUUGUUCAAUGAAACUGCCACUGUUUUAUCCCAUUAUAAGUAUUACUUGAAAAUAUAGUCGAUUUUUUCAGUGCAAUAUUAUUUCUUUGGAGAAUGUUUACAUGCUUCUCAGGCAACUGCAUACUUCUUGCUAUCAUGAAUAAAAGUAAUUCGAAUUCAUCAUUUAGAUUCAGCUCAUAAAUUGAAAUGUUUCAAAUUUUACCCUUCUAUGCAUAAUGAUGAAACAAAUUGAAGAAUUUCUGGUAUAUUCACUUGUAUGUAUUUAUUGUGACUUAUAGCAAAUAAAUUGCAUUAUGCCAUAUGUGAGAAAAUCUAAAGGAUUGUAAUCGAAAAUGAGAAGUUCUUCCCAAUGUUUUCACAGGAGUAGAAAAUGGGUAGUCACAAUUGAAGGAGCACAGCCGGGAAAUAUUCUAUAUUAGGUAUUACUAUAUUUUCAAGUUUUUUAAAUAAUCUCAUCGACUGUGAAUACCAACAUAAUGGUGCAAAUGAGCAAUAAUUAACAAUUUAAUUUUAUGGUGAUAUAGAUGAAACAAAGUGAUUAUUGUACUUCAUUUUACAGUGCUUGUAACCAACCAAUGUUUAACAAAGAAAUUGUUGAGAAGAACAUCAAAUGUUAUGAUAAGAAUGUCAGUCGUCCUGCAAAUAAUAUUUUACUUGAUUAGGACUUUUUUCUCAAAAAACAAUUAUAAUACCUAUAUCCAUCCAAAAUUCAAUGCUAAUAUUUUUCAGGGGGAAAAUUUAUGCUAGUGUAUAUGUUGUGAUACUGAACUAAAAAAUUCAUCAAUCUUUGAAUAUAGGUAUCAAAUAUAAUAAUUUCAAUACAAUGAUGACUUCAUUCGAAAUUCGACCCAAUAAUUGCUACAGCGAGUCAGCAUAAUUGAAGUACAAAAACUCGAAAUUUUUCCACAUCGUUACUCAUACCGUCAAUUCUGUAUAUGAUUCUGACUAAUUUUCAUAUAAACAAAAAUGAAAAAUCAUUCAUUUUACAAUUUGCUUGAAAAAUAAAUAUUUUCCAGAUGGACCUGCAUAACAAUUUUUAUUUUUUGAUGAUUAUAACUUUUCUACAAAUGCUUAGAUCCAUGAAAUUUAUAUUUCUUGAAUCAAUUGCUGAAGAUUUGUCUUGAGAUCUGACUUUUGUGAUAGCUAUAAUUAUUGCUUUAUGUAUUCACCUUUGAUACUAUAUGCGGUGAUAUCCUGUAUUGUUCGAUAUCAAAUUUUGAAAUCUUUUUUCAACCAAACUUUAAAAAAUGUAUAAAUAUUGAACUAUCUAUAUUGCCUUCAUACUUCCUAUCUUAUUACGAUAUUAAGUAUAAUAAUGCACUGAAGUAUUGGGAUGUUAGACUUUUAAUACUUUAGUACUAUCACCCAUGUCGCUAUAAGUGGCAGUUUUAAAUAUAAUUAUGAUACGUUAGAUCUCACCCAUGAUUGAGGUAUGUCAUAUAUUCAUGAGUAGUUAGUGUUUUCGCUAUUUUCCAUUGACGAAAGUUAUCACUUAUUUCCUUUAUCCAAUCAUUGAUUAAUGAAUACGUUUAUGCAAGUCGAGUUUUAAAUAUACAAAUCAAAUUAUCAAUAUAUUUUGAGAGAAAAUCGUUCUAAACUUUGUUAUAAGAUCAGAGAACAUUUCUCUUACUGUUUCGAAACAGUAUCACUUUUGCAACAAAAACACUAUUAAAUAAAUGUGUGUCAUUCGAUAUUGUUAAAGCUUUGACAUAAUGACCAUCGUCAGUUCUAUGGGUGCUCCAAACAUAUCCAAAUAAAAUACAAAAAUAAAUGAAUGAGUGAAGAGUAGGAAAAUAGCUCAUAUGACAAGUUUGGACAUCGAAAAAUGAUUCAAGAAGAAAAUGAAGAAAACAGCAAUAAGAUUCAAAUGUUAACUUAAAUAUAGCGAAUCAAAUUUCGAUUUGACAAAAUUUAUUUCGAUCAUGGGAACGAUCAAACGUGUCUAUAGAAUUAGAUGAAUGUUUUUGAAUAUUGAAUACUUAUAUUAUACACAUAUAAUGCGUUGAUAUAUAUUCAUAUCAAGUGAAAUACGCAGUUUUCAAUGAACAAAUUUCAGAAGUUAUGAAUGUAAAAGAUUUGGCAGUUGUUUAUAUCUGUGAUGAUAUUAAUUUCUCGACAAAUGUUUUGCGUUGUUUUUUUACUAUCUUUAUACUGUCAAAAAUAGGGGAAUACCUCUCUCAUCACUUUGAAGUUGCUGAAUUACAUUGUAUUGAAUAUUUGAAUUGUGUUCUGAAUAUACAGCAUUGAGGAUA